AUGGAUAUAUUAUGCCCGAUCAUUUCUGGCGGUGUACUCGCGGAUCCAGACCCGUUCGACGCAUUCAACACGCCACAAGGGUACACAUGGAUGGCUGUGUGCUCCGCCGACGAUGCGAGCACGCCCUCUACCUCUACGUGCGGCGGCAGCUACUUCCCCCGGUACCCUUUCAAUGAAGGUGCGAGCACCUCUUUCUCUCCGUACGCCGACACUGCCGAUGGCAGUCAUCUCGUUGAAGUUGGAUCUCCGUCUGUGGCUGUUCCCUCUCGGAACGGUAGUACUCUGUGUCCUAUCCGUAUGGCGGAUAGUGGUUCUACUCAUUGUACGUGCGCCUACGGUGUAGGCAGUUCUUCGUGUUCUGACCCGCACGUCGCGGGUGGUUCCCCUUGGUCAUCGCAACCUGUCUUUGUGCAAGGUUGCGAAUCUACUGGUCAUCGUCUCCCGUCAUUGAGUCUCCAAAUAUUGCAUAUACAUUGA